CCCCCAUCCCAAUUCACCGCCAAAUGGUGAUUUUUCAUUCUUCAUCCCCGUAAAUCAUGUCUCUAGUCUCUCAAUUCCUCUCGCAAAUACAGCAGCAAGUCCGCAGCCAGCAAGGCGAUCUCCUCCGAUCAUGGCUCCAAGUAGAGCCCGAGUCGCCAAAACAGUAUUACGACCUUGCAGCCGAGCUGCGUUCCAAGUUCAGCCGCCAGGAUGCCAUUGACAAGAUUGUCGAGGAUCGUCUUCCGCAGCAGGACGACCUGCCAGAGGGACAGGCCACGUCGUGGCCGGGGCUGUUGGCUUUUUUGAAGGACUACCUGACCUACUGGCGAGAUGUCGAUUUUUCAGACUUGUUGGGGGCACAUCAGCUUCUCAGCGGGCUAGUGAACUCUUGUUCCACCGCGUUCGCCCAUCCUACCUACGGCUCAAUGCUUCUUCAAGUCAGCAUGUCCUUGUCUGAAACUCUUGCCCGUCUUACCAUGAACCUCAACCGCCGGCCUGAUCUCACUCGUCGACUUCGUGUCGUGGACGAUGAUAACCGCAAAUCCGUCGCCGAGUCUUCUGCUGAGAUCAUUCAAAAAAUCUUCACGACUUGUCUGACCGACAGGUCAGGCACUCGCACGAGUAAGCCGGAAGGCAAGCGGGUUGGUAUAUACAUGUUUGCCAAUCUUGUCCUCAAACUGUUAUUCGCGUGUCGAAGAACUCAACUAGCCAAAAUGAUAUUCGUCAACAUUGAGAGCAUAUCGCCUCCGCUUUCGCUCUAUCCCGCCGCUCAGCGCGUCACUUUUCUCUACUACAUUGGCCGCUUCAACUUCUCUAAUCAGCAUUAUCACCGCGCUUCUCUAUGUCUACAAGAGGCUUACUUGCAGACUCCUCCACAGCUCGUCUCUCAUCGUUGCAACAUUCUUACCUACCUCAUCCCCUCGAAUCUCCUUCUCGGGCGAUUCCCCUCGGAUACACUAACAUCACGACCGGAGGCUCAAUCACUAAAACCAAUAUUCCUUCCAUUGUGUAUGGCCGUUCGCUCUGGUAAUUUCAUGCAGUUCCAAUCUCAUCUUGCGGCACACGAAUCAUGGCUCUUAGGAAAGGGCCUUCUCUUACCACUCUCCAAUCGCCUUCGGCCACUCCUAUGGAGGAGUCUCACCCGCAAGACGUUUAUCCUCACAUACGUCCCUCCAACAGACGCUUCAUCCCGCAAAGCAGCAACUCUUGAACUCUCCCAUCUGCUUACCGUAGCAACUUACGUUCAACACCGCCUCGAAGGCUGGCAGCCCUAUAACCCGCGCCUACGCGGUCAGCCAUCACAAGCCAAUCCUGUCUUCAUGAAGGCCCUCAAAAACAACAUUCAAUCUUCCCACGAGACCACCCUUAUGCCUCCCGCAAAUGGCUCUCAAAAGCUGCGCCCUAACGAGGGGCUCAUAUGGGGUAAUGCACAGGUCACCUACGAAGACGUUGAAAUGACAGUCGCCACGCUCGUCCAACAGGGUUUCAUGCAUGGUUUCAUCGCGCACAGCCAGGGCCGAUUUGCCAUCAUCGGAGCAAAAGCAAAAGGCAGCCCUGUACUGGCUGGUUGGCCAAAUGUUUGGCAGACGAUAAAAGAGAGGAGAUACGAUGAUGAAUUCGACCUGGAUCAAGUUCCCGGCUGGGUCACAUUAUGAGAAGGGGUGCGCAUGAUGUCUGGCUAAUUAGGGCAAUACAAAGUUCCUAGAUUGGGGGAAAGAGGAGGCAAAGGGCAUCCUGGAUAAGGCUGGUUCUCUUUAACCGCCGGCGCUAAAUCACACCAUAGCAUGGUGUCGUCUACUGUAUAGCUAAUUACUCCAUAGAAGAAAACGAAAUGAUACCCCCCUAAAACGGCCAAUGUCGCUAACUACGACUGUAAUGAGACAUACAAGCUACGGUAUAAAAGUACACUCUGCCUUGAUCAUUCAAUAGUGCCCUUACAUCUUUCUAUUACUCAUCUACGUCCUUGUUAAUUGGCUACUGACUGCAUUCGAGAAACGUAAACUUCAUUAAUGCGCUAUUUCUGUCUUUCUUUUCUUCUAUUUCCUCUUAGCCUUUGUUUGUUUGGAAUCCCUCCAACCUCCCGCUUUCAUCUUGUGAAACAAAAAAGAAGAAGAAUUGAAGUAUGAAGAUGAAGAAAAAAAAUAGCCAAAAGUAAAAACCACUCCAAGCCCUCCCCCCAAAGACAUACAUCGUGAAAUGUGGACAAAAAAAAAGGAUUGUAAGAAAAAAUAAAAAAUAAAAAAAUCGCUCGCUUUCCCCCUCCUUAAUUUUUUUUGGUGUCCUUCUUGUCCUCCAAGUUUCGUAAAAGCUGGUUUUAAGUUUCUCUUACUGCUGAAGAGGGGUAUCGACGACAAAAUGAAGGCAAAGAAAAUAAAAAAAACAAGAUAAUAAAAAGAUUCGUAAUAAGUAUAAAGAUAUGUGCUCCAGCGUAUUCUGGCAUCAUAACAAGAAGAGAAGAGAAGCAGGGUGAAAGGGAGUAUUUUUUUUUUUUUGGCUGGAGGCUUGUGGCAAGAUACCAGACACAAAAAAAAAACUUUCCAAAUCUCCCCAAAGACAAUAAACACUAUCGCCCAACGGGGGCAUGUCAGUUUAUAUGUGUAGCAUAUAAGCAUAUAAUAAACGGUAUGUAAGAUAAAAAGAAAGUACAGCCAUAUGCAGAUAUGGCAGCCCAAGAAUAUCAAUAGUGGUGUGACAGGGAGGAAAGGGGGAAUCAAACAGCCCGAGUUUGCGAAGCGAGAGAGAAAAGGUGAAGAAAAAAAAUCGCGUCAAGUGAUAUAAAGUCUAGAGCAGCAUAUAAACAAAGAAAAUAUGUAAGCUGCAGCUGACAAAAUGUGACAUAGACACUGAAGUUAGAUGUGAAAAUACAAGGUCUGCCGGAGAUACAAUUAACAAGGCCAACUUUGCCAUCAAUCUUUUUUUUUCUCUUCAUUCUCUUCUUUAAAAGAAGCAAGCAGCGGCAACAAAGGCAACAAUUAGGCCUGCAAAAGCAGGGCUGCCCUGUUGGCGGCCAGCUUCGCCCUUCUUAGUAGUCGUGGUAACCGGAGCAGAGUCAGCCUGGGUUUGUGAAGGUCCAACGGGCGCCGCUGUGGUCUGGGGUGAUGUGCCGUUCUCGUGGAACAUGCCAGGGUUCACCGACGGACGGGCGUGAGCAAAAGUCGCGGUUUUCGAAGCCUUGACAGUGGUGGAGCUAACGUCAGUCUCGCUCGUAGCCGAGGUAGCGGCGGUAGUGGCGGUAGUGGCCUCAGUAGUGUGUGCUGUCGUCGACUCUGCAGCCGUGGUAGAAGCUGCCGCGGUUGUUGAUGCCUCUGUUGAGGCUGGCACGGUGGAGGAUACCUCGGUGGAUGAAGCAGCGGCGGUAGUCGAUGUGGCCUUUUCUGCCUGGGCGGCAAAGCCACCGGCCUUGAGCUCGGCAAUGGUAGAGCUUGGCUCGGCAGAUGAGGAAGACGAAGAGUCAGAGUCGGAGCCGGAGCUGGAGCCGGAGCUACCAUCAGUGUUGAAGGUCACAAUGUUAGCAGUACCGCCCUUGGGAACAGUGACAACGCAGAAUGAUGCGCCACCAGCGCCAACGGCAGACUCCUUGCUGUCGACGUUACCAGAGGAGUUGGGUGAGAUCGAACAGGGCAGGCCGUUGCAGCCACCGUCAGGGCAUUCAAUCUUGACGCCGAAGGUGGGCAGGGUGCUCAUCAAAGAGGAGCCUGUGUAGAUAGGGUUCCAACCAAUCUUGACAAAAGUUUCGCCGUUGGAAUCAGUGUUGGCUCCGGCAACAUAGGGAGACCAGUUGCCAACUGGCUUGCUUGAAGUUCCCCAAACACAAUCCGCAACGGUACUUCCGGGAGGGUUGAUAUAGUAG